AUGCCAGUCGCUGUACACGCACCAUCGCAGACAGGAGGUAUAAAGCCCUACUAUCAGGCCAAGAUUGAGGCCGCAGAACUCGAUAUAAAUCAGAAGACCCAGAACCUCCGCCGUUUAGAGGCACAGCGGAACGCGCUCAAUGCUCGAGUACGGCUACUCAGGGAAGAGCUCCAGCUCCUGCAUGAACCUGGAAGCUAUGUCGGAGAGGUCGUGAGAGUCAUGGGCAAGAACAAGGUGCUUGUAAAGGUUCAACCAGAGGGCAAAUACAUCGUUGACUUCGAUGCGGACAUCGACGUAACAACCCUGAAGCCAUCCCUCCGUGUCGCUCUCCGUUCCGACUCGUAUACCAUUCACAAGAUCCUGCCGAACAAGGUUGACCCUCUCGUAUCUCUCAUGAUGGUUGAGAAGGUUCCAGACAGCACAUAUGAGAUGGUCGGCGGCCUCGACAAGCAAAUCAAGGAGAUCAAGGAGGUUAUUGAACUACCGGUUAAGCACCCAGAACUCUUCGAGUCGCUCGGUAUUGCGCAGCCAAAGGGUGUGCUACUCUACGGACCACCAGGAACGGGAAAGACACUGCUCGCACGAGCGGUCGCGCACCACACAGACUGCAAGUUCAUUCGUGUGUCGGGUUCAGAACUCGUGCAGAAGUACAUUGGCGAGGGUAGUCGGAUGGUUCGGGAGCUCUUCGUCAUGGCACGGGAACACGCGCCUAGUAUCAUAUUCAUGGAUGAGAUCGACUCCAUCGGAAGUUCAAGAGGAGAGAGCGGCUCUGGUGGCGGUGAUUCUGAGGUCCAACGAACAAUGUUGGAGUUACUUAACCAGCUUGACGGAUUCGAGUCAACGAAGAACAUCAAGGUCAUCAUGGCUACAAACCGGAUAGACAUCCUUGAUUCUGCCUUGCUUCGUCCGGGCCGUAUAGACCGCAAGAUUGAGUUCCCGCCUCCAGGUCCUGAGGCCCGUGUCGCGAUUUUACGCAUUCACUCGCGAAAAAUGUCCCUACAACGAGGUAUCAACCUCCGCGCUCUCGCGGAGAAGAUGGGCCAAUGUUCCGGCGCCGAAGUGCGCGGUAUCUGUACGGAAGCAGGUAUGUACGCACUCCGCGAGCGGAGACAGCAUGUUACGCAAGAGGAUUUCGAGUUCGCAGUGGCAAAGGUUCUUAAGAAGAACCAAGAAGGGAACACUUCUGUCAACAAGCUGUUCUCUUGA